GGAGUAAUACUUUUCUCUCUCUUCGAACUCCAAACCUAUACUCUGCAUCUCCUUCCUCCUCCUCCUCUUAAAACCCUCUCAAAACCCUAACGAUAAAAGCCGCGUCUUGUAGUUGUAUCUAUAGUCGGCGCCAUCUCUGCCAACCACCUCUCCUGCUCUGCUACUGCUAUUCUCGUUGUAGAAAUGUUUGAAAUUAAAACUGCAAAAACUCACAGAGGUAGAAGAUUUCUUGAGAAACGAGCCCCAAAAAUUGUUGAAAAUGAGAAGAAGACUCUGUUUGUUCAUGGUACAAAAACAAGCAAUGUGCUAAAUUCAGUUUUAACUGAGCUUUAUCAUCUUAAGAAGGAGAAUUCGGUGAGGUAUACUAGGAGGAAUGACAAAAUUAGGCCCUUUGAAGCUGGGGGCGAAACUAACUUGGAGUUUUUCUCUCAGAAGACCGAUUGUUCCCUCUUCGUGUUUGGUUCUCACUCAAAAAAGCGGCCUGACAAUCUUGUUAUGGGGCGUUUCUAUGAUAACCACGUCUAUGAUUUGGUAGAAGUCGGAGUUGAGAAUUAUAGGUCACUCCAAUCUUUCUCAUAUGAUAAAAAGAUUUCCCCGAAGUUGGGGUCCAAGCCUUUAAUCGCUUUCAUUGGUGAAGGAUUUGAGAGCGUUGAUGAGCUGAAGCAUUUAAAGGAAGUUCUCUUGGAACUGUUGAGAGGAGAGGUAGUUGAAAAUUUGAAUAUUGCCGGAAUCGACCAUAUCUAUGUAUGCACUGCUAUUACUUCAAACAAGGUGUACCUCAGUCACUGUGCACUGAAGCUAAAGAAAUCAGGAACUGUAGUACCAAGAAUGGAGUUGGUUGAAGUUGGCCCUUCGAUGGAUUUGGUUGUCAGGCGACAUCGCCUUCCUAAUGAAGGCUUAAAGAAAGAAGCAAUGAAAAUAGCUCCAGACCGCACAAAAAAGAAGUUGAAGAACGUCAAAGGAGAUGUUUUACUGGGCAAGACAGGAAAGAUCUAUAUUCCAGAUCAGAAGCUUGGAGAAAUGGAGCUUCAGACCAAUGCCAAGGGAGUAAAGAGGGAACGCCGAGAAGCAAGGAAGAACAAGGGAGGGUCAGACACACAAGCUUCAAAAAAGCAGAAAGGAGAAGAAGAAGUAUCAACCUGAGAUCUAUCCUAUCCCAUCACGCUUUCGCAAUUUUGACUUGUACUGUAAUAACAAUUAUCCAAACUCUAAUCCAAAUAUUAUGUUACUUUUGGGACGUGAAAUCUUUCUUUGAAUUACAGAGCAUCUGGUACUAAUUGAGGCGUGUGGACCUUAAGGAAAAGACUUUUUUGAGCUAAAUGAGAAGAGAUUUGUGAUGGUGA